AUGCUUGCAUUGCGCUAUAAUUCCAACUUGUCCGAGUGCUUCGAGCUUGUCCUCGAGUGCAAAGUCCGCGCCGCACAGGCGGCCCUUCCUGACGUUCCCAUUAUAGACAUCGACCAGUGGGUGGCAUCACUCAUGAACGAUGUCUCCGCACACACUCGAACCCUUGACACCACACCAGAUACGCCCACCCUCGACACUCACCUGGCGCACCUAUGGGAGGCCCAUCAUAGCAUCCUAGAGCGCUGGAAAGGGCAAAAGCUCAACCGGACCCUUAAAAAGCGGCUAGCCGCACUGCAAACAAAAAUUACUGAGCACUCUGAGGAGCUCUGCCGAUCCAACUGGGGACAGAUUUGCGAUAGUAUGGCUGGCAAUCUGUCCUCCAAGCGCAGUUGGCAACUCCUCCGUCACUUAAUUGACCCCACACAGUCUAAAACAGCCACACAACACCACGUCACACGCCUUAUACACAAGACCAACCUUUCUCCCGACGUACUCAUCGACAUACUUAGGAACACACACACAACUCCCGGUACCUCAAACCCCCUGCCCCCCUAUGCAGGCACCCCGAAUGCCAAUCUCGACGCGGAGAUUACGGUAGCAGAAGUCAGAGCGGCCCUCCUGACUCUCCGCUCGAAUUCCACUCCAGGAGUUGACCGUAUCUCCAAUAGCAUGCUCCGCAAUUUGGACGAUCAGUCGAUUUCCCAGCUCACGGAGUACUUCAACACAUGCUCGCAGGAGGGCGCCCUUUCGCAAUCCUGGCGUCACGCCAAAAUCUUAUUCAUACCCAAGCCCCACAAACCCCUUACACCUGCAAAUCUUCGCCCCAUCUCCCUAACCUCAUGCCUGGGCAAGCUUUUGGAGCAUGUCGCACUCGCCCGACUCACACAACACAUGGCGGAGCAAGACCUCUACCCGCACAGCAUGGUGGGCUUCCGUCCCCACCUGUCGGCACAGGACGCCAUGCUCCAGCUCACUAAGAAAAUUUUCGACCCGCUCAUACCGGGCCACACAAAAGCCGUCCUCGCCUUGGAUCUCUCCAAGGCCUUUGAUCGCCUAGACCAUCGAGCUAUAAUGGCGGCGCUCUCCCCCUUGAACAAAGGUGAACUCGGCAGCUACCCUCACCCAAACACAUGCGCGGAGUAUCGGACUCUCAUGCUCUCCGGAGAAGUCGGAGCUCCUCAUACUCCGCCCCACAACCCGAAACUGCCCCACCACCCCUAUUACCGUGACACUGGAAAACCGGUACAUCCCUGA